UGAUAUGAUAUUAAAGAAACUACACUGAAGGGUCAGAAAAUAGAAAAACUGAAGAACAAGAGGGCAUCCUUAGGAUUCUAUCUUGAGAAAUUGAAAGAGCCUACUCACCAAAGAAAUGAUGCAAUGUGGUCUCCUUCUGAAGGAGUGAUCUCAGUAAGAACAACAAAAUAUGGACAAGUCGAAGAAGAAAUUAAAGCUCUUGAUUCUCAAAUAACUGACCUUGAAAGAGAAGCUCAAGAAACAGGAGACGAUUUCAGCUUCUGCGGCACAGCAUUCAUCAUCUAUGAUAACUCAGAAGAUGCCUUUAAAAUUAGUGAAAAGUUUAAAAUUUCUUAUCUGCGAAGAACCAUAAACUUUGUUUUGAAAUAAGGUUUGAAAAUGAAAGAAGUUUACCAAAAAUAGCAAACAUACUUGGGGUGAUAGUAGAAUAUAUAUCGAAAAACCUGCUGAGCCGAAUAACUAUAUUUGGGAGAACCUCUCUGCAAAGAUGAAAUUCAGAGUCUUGAAAACAUUUAUUACGUUUUUGGCUGCUUUGGGUUUCCUUAGCAUUGCUUUUGCAAUCAAUCUUGGGUUAAAUUUGAUAAGAGAUCAGUUUUCAGAGAAUGAUGAAUCUAACGUCUUAUCUCAAAUGAUUAGAUAUCUGAUCACCUUUAUCACAAUGCUAUUCGUUUCAUGUACUAAUAUAGCUCUUGGAAAAUUGAUAAGAUCUAUAUCUAAUAUUGAAAACCAUCAUAAAUACUCAACAUACCAUCUCUCGGUUUCAAUAAAACUGACAUUUGCCACAUUUAUUAACACGGGAAUUUCUCCUUUGCUUGUUAACUUUGGAACGAGCAAUUGGUUCCAUUCCAACGGCCUCGCAGUGGAUGUGUUCUGGAAUACAUUUUCUGUUUGCUUCAUUGGUCCUUUACUAUACCUCCUUGACCCUGCUUACUUGUACAAACUUUAUAGGAUUAGUUCCGAAAAGAAGAAGGGAGACCAAUCAAUAUUAACCCAAAGGCAAGCAAAUUUGUUAUUUGAAGGCCCUCAAAUUGAUAUGGCCCAGCGGUACUCUAAUUCAAUGCUUUUGCUCUGACUGGCAAUGAUGUACUCUUAUUUGUUCCCAAUCAUACCUAUGUUAGCGCUAUUUGGAGUUAUUUUCCAAUACCAAAUCGAGAAAUAUCUUCUCCUAAACAGACACAAACUGCCUGUCCAAAUCGGCUCAACACUCUCUAAGUUUUACGUUGGAUUCAUGCCCAUAAUGAUCUGAGUAUUCGGACUCUCAAUUUACAUGUUUGCUAAAACUUUGUUCAAACAACACUAUAUUGAAUUUCCCAUAAUAUCAGGAGCGUUUGUGAUAUAUUACCUCUCUCCAUUACCAAGGUGGAUGAAGAGAACAAUUCAGAAAUGAAACAAACACACCAAGAAGAGCUACAAAGAGACUAAGUUGAGUCUAUUCCAUGACUACAACAGAGCAAACCCUGUGACCAGAAGAGAUGCUGUACAGGCGUUCCUUCAACUCAAGCAACAAAAACUUAACAAGAAUGCUAGAGAUGGUUAUGACAAGAUGAACACUUCGACUGAUACUUACCUUCAAAUCCAAACUGCGAGAAUGAAAACUAUCAAAACUCGUAGUAAACUCGACGAUGUUCUUAGCUACAACACCAAGAAAUCUGUGAUGGACGGAUGGCUAUAUUCAGUUCCUGAAUACAAUUUUAAGUUCUUGGAAUAUUUAUACUUCAAUUCAACAAUGUUCCCACCUAGACCUAAAAACAAAAAUAAUCGUAAAGUUCACCCAGAUGGAGUUAAAUUAGAGAAAAACUCAAUUGAAAUGGGAGAAGUGGUUCUUGACAUGUCAAGAAAUGUUGGUAAAAAUAUAGAGAGCUAUGCCAGGUUCAUGCCCACAUACAUUUCGAUGAAUUCAAAUGAAGAUGGCGGAGGUCAAGAACCUCAAAGAAAUGCAUAUGAUGAUGAAGAAGAUCCUUAAUUUAAAGUUUAAAACACUAACAGUUA